AUGCCGGGACUCGGUGCAGGCCCGGCUGGCGACGACCACCAACAAGCCGCGGUAACUGGGGUCAACGCCGGGGUUGACUCUACGCAACAACAAAAGAAUGCCACAGCCAUGUCACAACCUGGCAACGAUGCCGCGCCCGUCCAAGAACCGCCUGAGCUCGACGACUUCGGCUUGCCCAUUAGGAAAUACCAAGCCCCUGUGAUUGCAACACCACGACCAGACGCGAUCCCGGAAACGACGGCCUCGGUCAAGGAUGCGAAGCCCACGAACAAUGGCGCGCAAGGUAUCGAACAGACGACGACCACAGAUAAGGGUUCAGACAAGCAGGAAUCAAACAUCGCCGCCCACAGCAGCCACGAUAAGAACGGAUCCGACAAGCCCGAUCUGGACUGCGAAAACAGAACCAGCGAUGCGCGGGCGCCGCAACUCUCUUCAGAUGCUCAACGCGAACACGAUGGCCAACAAGGCGGAUCCUCGACAGCCCUACCGGCUUCUCGGAAUCCGAGCAUAUCCACUUCGAAAGCUCCGGAGAUGCCGUCCGAGCCUUUAACCACGGAUACCAAGACAACAAACACCCAAGAACAUACAGUCGCGUCGGUGAAGAAACCAGCAGCUGCGGAUGAGCCACCCGUGUAUGAAGAUUUGGCCAUAGCCGAAGUCAGGAAAGAUCAAGAGUUACCUCCGGGCCAUCGCCGCGAGAUUAGCACUGUCGCCAUGGGGGGCGCCGGGGCUCUUGGCGUAGCUGGCACGUCUGGCUUCUCCCAUCAACAGCUGACUCUGAACCAGCCCCCGGAGGAGAAGAAGAAGGACGAGGACGACGAAUGGCAGGAAAUGCCGGCAUAUGCGCCCUAUGAUAUCUACGAUGACGACAACAAGCUGAUUGCACGAGAACACGAGGACUCGGAGGAAGAGAAGGUCCAAUACGCGGGACUGGGCGGUGCAGGCAAGGGAUACACCAGGGUCCUCCUCGACGACGACGCCGAGUCCCAGACGAGCAUGGAUGAGAACACUCAGUAUCUAUUUAAAGACCCGGGGGGAGGCACAGGCGUGGCAGAGGAAGACGACGUACAGCGUGACGCCGUCAGCCAACUUCAGGCUACCAAGGAGCUACUUACAGAGGGCCAAAGGAUUGCGUAUGUCGGCUUGACGAGGCUGGAACUGUCAGUCAUGGUAAAGGAGGUGGACCAUCUUCAGCAAGGGAGGAGCAAGCCAAAGAAGGAAGUCACUUUCGCCGCCGAAAGCAUGAAGAUGUGGAGUCAGAAGAUGAUGAUGCGCUUGUACUCGCACAUGGACAUCAGCCCGGACGAGCAAAUCAUGAUUGAGCAGCUUGCUGCGCACGGCGUCAUGCCUCAGGAUUUGACCCCAGUGCUCAUGGCAAACGCAAGGGUCAAGAAUCCCAUGGCCGACGAAGCUAGCAAAAGAGAUUCGACAACAUCUACGGCGAAAUCAUCACGUCCCAACUCGAUGCCCCAGUCUCCUGACUCGGAAUCGCCCGCGGAGCCCCCACCACCCUACUCGAUGGAAGACAAGUCAGAGUUGACCGAGGACGUCAGGAUGCCGUCGCAGAUGCCAACCUCGCAAAAGAUUGAUAUCGAUUUAAGGUGGACGGUACUGUGCGACUUGUUCCUCGUCCUUGUUGCGGAUUCCAUCUACGACGCUAGGUCAAGAACUCUACUCGAGAGAGUCGCCAAGGAUCUGGAGAUUCCCUGGGUUGACAUCUGCCGGUUCGAAAAGAAAGUGACAGACGCCCUGGAGAUGCAACAGGCUGUCGAGAAGGAGAACUGGAACGAAGAAGAGCACAAGGAGAACCGACGCAAGAUGGCCCUCAAGAAACGCUACAUCAUGAUGGGCCUGGCAACUGUCGGCGGCGGCUUGGUUAUCGGCUUGUCUGCCGGUCUGCUUGCCCCUGUGAUCGGUGCUGGCCUGGCUGCCGGCUUCACAACGAUUGGUGUUGGUGGAACAACCGGCUUCCUUGCUGGCGCCGGAGGUGCUGCCAUCAUCACGUCCUCGGCCGCGGCAUCUGGUAGCAUCAUCGGUGUCCGUGCGGCAAAUAGGCGAACGGGCGCCGUCAAGACGUUCGAGUAUAGGCCUCUACACAACAAUAAGCGGGUUAAUUUAAUCGUGACGGUGUCUGGAUGGAUGACGGGAAAGGUGGAUGACGUCCGGUUGCCGUUCAGUACGGUGGAUCCGCUGAUGGGUGAUAUUUACUCCGUUCUCUGGGAGCCGGAAAUGUUGACGAGUAUGGGAGAUACCAUUAAUAUUUUGGCCACAGAGGCCCUCACCCAAGGUCUCCAGCAGCUCCUGGGCAGCACCAUCCUAAUGGGCUUGAUGUCUGCCAUUCAGCUGCCAGUCGUGCUUACCAAGCUCUCCUAUCUAAUUGAUAACCCUUGGGCUGUAUCCCUCGACCGUGCCACGGCAGCUGGUCUCAUUCUCGCGGACUCACUUAUUGACCGCAACUUGGGUACCCGCCCCGUCACCCUUGUGGGAUACUCCCUGGGUAGCCGCGUUAUCUACUCCUGCCUUCAGGAACUCGCCAGGAAGGGCGCUUUUGGUCUCGUCCAGAACGUUUAUCUUUUCGGCAGCCCCAUCGUCGUAAAGACGGAUGAAUACCUCCGUGCGCGCGCCGUGGUCUCUGGGCGCUUUGUCAACGGAUAUAACCGCAACGACUGGAUCUUGGGGUACCUUUUCCGUUUGACCAACGGCGGUAUCAGGCGGAUUGGCGGUCUUGCCCCCAUCGAGGGGAUUGCCGGGGUAGAAAACUUUGACGUCACCGAGUUCGUGGUGGGUCACAUGGAUUACCGUACGGCGAUGCCGCGGUUGCUUCGUGAAUGCGGUUGGAUGAUCGAAAACGACGAGUUCGUCGAGAUCGAGGAGCCAGAUCCGGAGAACCACCAGGAGAGGCAGCGUGAACUCAUUAAUGAAAUCGAAGAGGCGAGAAAGGAGCUCGAAAGGGAGGGGAGAGAAAGAUCGGGCAGUAAGAGCGGCGGCGCUUUCAGCUUCUUCAAGAAGAAGCCAAAGAGGCAGGAAUGGGAGGUUUACGAGGAUUCGACCAAAGCGGGAGGCAGUGGCGCGUCCGGGAGCGGCGGAAAGACGGAGGAUAGGGAUGGUAAUAAUCACGGCGUGCUGUUCGACGUCGACGCCAUCCGCGCCGAGCUGGCCAAGGAGGCCAAGGAACAGCAAGGAAAGAACGGCUCCCAAAACGGUGGCGGCAUUAAUGAGGAUAUCCUUCAGUUUAAGGAGAUCAAGAGCACCCUGCCGCCCAUGAAGCUGGACGUGCCGCCUCCUCUCGGCCCGCCGGCGCCGGUAAUAAAGGGCACGCGAGACCACCUGAGGGAGACCAGGAGUGCCAGCCUCGGGGCGGUCCCGCCGUAUCGAGGGUUCUCUAGUGUUGAAUACAACAAUAGGCACCAGUCUACCGUUUCGUUGUCGAACGAUCGCAAAGAGGAAAAUGCUUGGAACUCAUCACCCAAACCAUCAAUAAGCUCCUCCCGUCAGUACGAUUACAGCGCUGGCUAUACGAAGGGCGGGUUCGGGGGAGGCGGGUUCGGAGCGGAUGAUUACGGUUACAGUGCUGGUAAACAUGACGAUGACGCCGAGAUCCAAAUGACUUUUGACACGGCAUUUGAAGCGUCUCCUCCCCCUCACUCCAAGCCAAGUGCUGCCAGCGACAGGCAGUCGUCAUAUGGAAAUACAGCAAGCUCAACGGGUUAUGGGGCUUCUUCGGCUUCGGCUUCGGCAUCAGCCCCGGCGAGACCGGAGAUCAAGUCAGCGCAGACGGUACCGGUUCUCCCGGCGGCUAAUAAUCCUUGGGCGGACUUUGAUGAUGACGACAACUUUGGAAAGGAGAAGGAGAUUUCCAUGACGUUUGCUUAG